AUGACGAAACACGCGCUUGUUGACCCGGGUGAUCUUGCGCGGGCUCUUGUCAGCAAUCGCAGCGCUCUCUCGGCCGUGCUCAGCUCCGACGCAAUGGACCCAUGGACCCUCAUUGAGCUGCGACGCGCGCUGCGUUGUGUUGACAUCAAGGCCAGGGCGACAACAGAGCGCGGCUUUCACUCCCUCGAGCACCUGCCCCCUGAACUCAUCAUGCGCAUCGCAAAUGGCCUGAAGAUGCAUGACCUGUUGACCACUCGUCUCGUGAGUCGGCCCUGGAAAGAGACAUUAUGGCAACCCUUGGUAUGCCUCACCAUCGCACGAGAAGCGUUUCCUGGGUUGGAGCAGCUGCACGCCCACCAGAAUAUUCACACGACAUUGGAGGGCGCUAUUUUGACUCAAUUGGCUUUGGUCAGUCGCAGCGUCGAGGGGCGAAGUGCACUGCACGCCAUUCCGUUCUACGAAGCUACGCCCAUGGUCGAACCCCCCAAAUCACUAUUAUCCGCCAUUCAAGGCAGAUUUGUGGAAUCGGGUAAGGCUCCUGCGUGUCUGUACAGGAACAAGAGGCUUGCUUUCCAGCCCUCCAAGGACAAGAUUGUGAUUGAUGACCUGGGGAAUGGUACCCGGCGUGGCUUGCGUCUCACUGUCGAUGUGAGAAAGGCUACCGCGCUGCAGCUCCUCGCCGCCUUUUCUGGGCAAGUGGUGGCUACUGUCGAGGUCCAGGGGCUCGACUUCGGGUCGCGAUACAUGUCAGUCAUCUCCCCCUCUUUUCCGCAACGUUAG